AAUUUUGUACGUUUUUUGAAAAUUAUUUAAUCGUAUUGUGAAUAUAAAGUAUAGUUUCUCGUAACGAGGAUAAUUGGGAAAUAACACAUUCUUCCUGGUCAGCCUAUUUGAAUUGUUUAUCGCGGUUGCGGUUAAACUGGCAGUUGCGUUAUCACGUGGUGCCACUUCGGUUUGUCCGUCAAGUUGAAAUAAUGGCUACUCCGCUUAAGAAACGUGAGCUGCAAGAGAAAAAUGAGAAAAUUCGCGAAAAUGGCGAAGAUACGAGUUCCUCCGAGAAUGAGGAUAAUGAGAGUGACGUUGUUGAAGAUUUGGGUAUGGAAAUUCAAGUCGACUUUGAAGGACGUAACCCUCAAGAUCCAGACUACCAUGGCAUAAAGACAUUACUGCAACAAUUAUUUUUGAAAGCGCACCUAGAUUUAGGUGGUUUAACAGACUUAAUUAUUUCUCAAAAUUAUGUUGGUUCCGUGGUGAAACAAUCAGAUGAUGAAGAUGCUUCCGAUGACGAAGAUGACGACAACAAUGACGUUUUUGGAAUCACAACCGUAGUUAAUAUUUCAGACAGACAGGUAGAAGCAAAUGUUCCAUGCAUACAGCAAUUACGAGACUUGUUAAGGCAACUAGCAAGCGAACAUGCAACGGAUACUGUAAAUACAAUGAUCAAAAAUGUUCUUGAAAAUGAUUCAGCGCCAUUAGGUUUAUUAAUCAAUGAAAGAUUUGUAAACAUUCCGGCUCAAAUUUCUGUACCACUCUUGGAGAAUCUUGUUUCUGAGAUGAAACGUGCGACUGUCAAAAAAAUGCCCUUCAACUUUUCGUAUUACAUUCUAAUCUGUAAAGUUUAUAAGCAGGCUAAAAAACAAAGUAACAAGAAGUCAAAGAGCAAGAGAAAAAAUGCUUUAGAAGAACCGGAAAUCUUGUGGAGUAAUCCGGAAGAGGAAAUCUUUGCUGAGGAGGCAACAUUUAGUUUUGAAUUUUCUGUUGAGAAAGAUACUGACAGUGGUUUGUCUGGUACCUGGUCUGAGAAUGAUGAUGAAAUGAUACCAUAUAGAAGAGUUCUAUUGUUCGAAUCAUCCAAACUUCAACCAAUCAUUGACAAAAUAAAAAAUCAGCUUUCCUAAUUGAUGAAAAAAAAAAGAGAGUAUCGAGAGUAUCCUCAUAUCCUAGACAUCCCGGCGAGAAGUGUAUAUCCAACAUCAAUUAAAAGAAGACCAUAUAACUUUACAGUAUCCAAGCUUAACGAAAUGUAGUCGUUACAGAUAAUGUAUUAAGUUUUUUGAUAAUAUAAAUUGUUUUGUAAUGCUC